AUGUCGACUCACAACUUUCUCAAAUCGCCUUUGACGGCGGGGAUCGUCGGAUGCCCGUUCAGGUCAGUACAUCGACCCCACUUUUGACUUUUGUUCUUCCGGCGUUCGAUUUGACACGCGCAGGGCCUGCUGCUGUUCUGACUGGACUGCGUGGAGCUGGAGCUGAUCGGGUACACCACUUGCUGGGCUACGAAUCAUACAGUGGUGGACAACCCAAGGAAGGUGUCGAUGUGAGCCUUGCUUCACCAAACACCCCUUCCGGCUUGCCUAUAGCCACGAUCGUCGAUGAGCUAACGAACCCAACGGACGUUUGGCCGGGUCCCUUUCCACAGACCGGACCUCGUCAACUGAUCGAAGCCGGUUUGCUCGAUGACAUCAAGGUCAGCUCUUGACUGAAUUAAGAUUCUGCUCGGUGUACGACGCUAAUGAUCGUACACGCUUGCCUGCCCAGACCCUCGGAUACCAUGUCGAAUUCGAAGGCGCCGACUCGCUCGCGACCUCGUUGACGUCGGACCAACCCGACCCGGACAUUGGGAUCCUCAAAAAGCCCCGAUUGGUAUCCAAGGUAGGAGUGGAAACUCCUGCCGUAAAAUGCGAUCACUGUCAGAUCAACUCAUCAAUGAUGAGCCUUUACUUCCAGGUCACCCAAGAGCUCGCCGACAGGGUUUUCGCCCAUGCCAGCAAAGGGCACCUGACUGUCACGCUUGGUGGUGAUCAUUCUCUGGUAGGCUUGUAUGCACGAUUAUCGAGUCUGAAUAAAAUAAGCUCAUUGAUACUUGAGCUCCUGCAGGCCAUGGGUACCGUCUCGGGCACGUUCCGAGCCUACCCCGAAGCCGCCUUGAUCUGGAUCGAUGCUCACGCCGUAAGUCAGUAAAGCCCAUCGAACGUUUUCGCAUAUCACGACUGAACACCUUCCCUCCCUACAGGAUAUCAACACUCCCUUGACCACGCCGAGCGGUAACCUCCACGGUUGCCCCGUCUCCUUCCUCAUGGGCCUCCCCGGUACUUCGCCCCAAGAGAUUCCCGAGUUUGGGUGGUGCAAGCCCGUACUCAAGCCGAGUCGAAUCGUUUAUAUCGGAUUGAGGGAUAUCGAUUCGGGUGAACGCAAGAUCUUGAAGGAGAACAGUAAGCUCGGUCAACGUCAUGGUGAUUCGAGCGAGGUGUGGCUGAUGUGCUUUUGUGACGCUCUGUCUAGACAUCAAAUGCUUCUCCAUGUUCCACGUCGACAAGUACGGCAUUGGUAAAGUCGUCGACAUGGCUCUGGAGCACGUCGGCCGGGACCGACCUCUGCACCUUUCGUUCGAUGUCGACGCGAUGGAUCCCGAGGUUGCGCCUUCGACCGGAACGGCGGUGAGUUUGCACCUUGCUCCUAAUUUUUGAGUGCUCGGAGCUGAUGCGGUGGUGUUCUUUUUGCGCGUAUGCAGGUUCGCGGUGGUUUGACUUUCCGAGAGGGGCAUUACAUCUGCGAAGGUCCGUUCCAUCCAGCAACUAGAGACCCAGAGACCAUUCGUGGCACUCGGUUUACUGACUUGCACGCCCAUGGCCUCCCAUCAGCUCUCGCCGAGACGGGCAACCUCGUUUCUCUCGAUCUUAUGGUUCGUCACCCCCAGCACUCUUUUUUUUCAUAUUUUUCACUACAUGAACUGACGUACCUCGUCACCUUUUCGUCGAUAAUAGGAAGUGAACCCUUCUCUUGGGGACGACCUCUCGGUCGAACAAACCAUCUCGGUCGGGCGAUCGCUCGUGCGUUGCGCUUUGGGCGAGACGUUGUUGUAG